AUGUCUUCGAAAGUAUAUGUUGGCAAUUUGAGUUGGAACACGACCGAUGACACUCUCCGUCAAGCAUUUUCCGACUUCGGACAGGUCCUUGAUUCGAUCGUCAUGCGCGACCGGGAUACUGGUCGCUCUCGUGGAUUUGGCUUUGUAACAUACAGUUCUGCGCAAGAGGCUGAUGCCGCUAUCGGCGGCUUAAAUGAGCAAGAGCUCGAUGGAAGGCGCAUCAAAGUUAACCUCGCCAAUGCCCGAGGUGGCGGAGGCGGAGGCGGAGGUGGAGGCUACAGCGGAGGAGGAGGCUACGGAGGCGGCGGUAGCGGCGGUUAUGGUGGUGGCGGCUACGGUGGCCAGAGUGGUGGCGGCUACAGUGGAGGCGGCUACGGCGGUGGUGGCUACGGCAGCAACAGCGGUGGUGGUGGAUACAGUGGUGGCGGAGGCUAUGGUGGUGGAGGGUACGGACAAGUAACGACAAACAACUGCAAAUACCUACUGUUGAGGAACGAACUCUACAGCAACGUUGUCCAAUCCCCCACCACCUCCACCACCUCCACCACCUCCCCACUGUCCUUCCCUCUUGUGAUAAUGGCGGGGCCUAUGCGCUCAUUCAAGCCGAAACGCCCUCCUAACUCCUGGAUUCUCUUCAGAGCUGAUGUUUCCAAAAGGCUACCUCCUCCGGCGCCUGGCCAACCACGGAGAAGUCAGGCAGACGUCUCUGCCCUCAUCUCAAGUCUGUGGAGGGAGGCAGAUGAUGAUACGAAGCGCUAUUACGAACGGUUGGCCGAUGAGGCCAAAGUGGAACAUCGCAAGCAGUUCCCGGAUUACAAGUUCCAACCCACGAAGAAGGAGGAUAAGGAACGUCUGAAGGAGCUCCAGAAAGAGCAGCGCGACCAAAUGAGGAGGAAUAGGUCCGCUCGUGGGGUGAAUCGCUCGCCGAACCCCCCUGCUGCUGCGCGUUUCGCUUCAAGCGCCCCGUAUCAAAUUCCGCACCUGCUUUUUGGCCCGUCUGGGCCAAGCCCGCCGGUUUCCGCUGCGUCCUCACCAAGGGAUCAUGCCCCGGCCUCUCCUGUGCCAUCAUCUUCGAUGUCAAGCUUCCCUCAGACUAGCAAUCUUUCUUCGCCAACCUCCUUAUCCGCCAAUCCAACUUCUACAAAUCAUGAUCAAACUCUUCGAUUUCCAUCUUUUUCUACUCCAGACCAAGUUUCUCAAACAGAUUCAUCCGCCAUUACACCAAUAUUGGAUGAACCGCGACUGCUUGCUGGUCCGUCUACCGAUAUGAGCGCCCAAGGAACAAGCGGCCUCGAAGCCUGGGUCCCUGCUGCCGAAGGAAGCGGUGCCUCAUCGGCAAGUCUCUCAUUUGUUCUUCUUGGCCUUGUCCUGACCUCUUGGGGUUGCUCGAACACAGAUUCACCUCAGAUUCGGAGAAAACAGCUUCAGCGAUCUGCAAGCUUGUCUGCCAACGGCGGCGCCGGCAUGUUUGAGAUACAUGGUUUCAGUGAUCUCAUCUCAACAGACCCUGUCGGCGAUUUAGAGGUCUCGGUUGGGCAGUUGGAUGACAACCCCAUUUCAUUCUCCUACUUCGACACUUAUGCCGAACCCCAAGUCGACCCUUCAAAUGCUUACACGUCGGCGUAUCCGCCACAAUUGGAUUUCAACCAGCUGAUGUCCGACUUGAUGUCGGCGUUUCCUGACAUACCUGUGUCUUCCGACACUCCACCCACCGUCGCUUCCAACAGCACUGUUGAUACCGUUAUGGACACAGCUGCUGCUCCGACGCAGUCGACGCCGUACCAACCGCCUGCCGGUGCCGUGAAUUCCUCUAUGCGUCGUGUUGGGGCUAAAUGGACCCCAGAGACCAUGAACCUCGUCUCGCCACCCCCACAGGUAUCGGCCUAG